AGGGUGACGUAAUUCCGGGACACACAGCACGUGUCUCGUGCAGCGUCGGUGCUCGGGUGUGGGUGACGUCACAUCAGUGAUCCGCCGAGAAUGAAGAUCACCCGGCAGAAACACGCUAAGAAGAACCUGAGUUUCUACCGGAACAAUUUCCGCUUCCGGGAGCCCUACCAGGUGCUACUGGACGGAACCUUCUGCCAGGCGGCUCUGAAGAAUAAAAUCCAGAUUAAGGAGCAGCUGCCCAAAUACCUGAUGGGGGAAGUGCAGCUCUGCACCAGCCACUGUGUUUUGAAGGAACUGGAAUCCUUGGGGAAGGAGCUGUAUGGGGCCAAGUUAAUUGCCCAGCGUUUUCAGGUGCGGAGCUGCGCUCAUUCCAAGAGCCCUGUCGGCGCCUCAGCAUGCCUGUUAUCUAUGAUCGCAGACAAUAACCCGCACCACUAUUUCGUCGCCACACAGGAUCACAGUCUCAGGGAAAAACUAAGGAAGAAAGCGGGCAUCCCACUAAUGUUUAUCAUUCAGAACACCAUCGUCCUGGACAAGCCGUCGCCCAAAUCCGUGGAUCACGUCAAGGCGUUACAGACCAGCGAGCUGGUGCCUGACCAUCACAAGAAGAAUCUGGAGCAUCUGAAGGAUGAGCAGGGGGUGGCUCCGGACACAGAACGUAAAGGGAGAAAGAGGAAACGCGUCGGAGGUCCCAACCCGCUAAGCUGCCAGAAGAAGAAAAAAACGUCGGCUCAGCCUAUCACAGUGGCUCCUGAUCAGAAGAAGAAGAGGAAAAGGAAGAGAGGGAAGGGGGUGGGAAAAGACAAUAUAGAGACGGCAUAG